CGCCCCGCGCCGGCGCUCUCCGGGCAGCCAUGUGGGCUUCGACUCUCCGAGUGUGGGGGCUUCGCGAGAGGCUCCCGGCGCUGCUCGGCGGACGGCAAGCGGCUCUUCUUCCGGGAGAUGCCCGGGGCGUGCAUAGCUCGCCAGUCCCAUGUGGCAAGAACCUGCUCAAGAAAUUUGCUUCGAAAACCAAAAAGAAGUUUUGGUAUGAAGGUCCUUCCUUGGGCUCUCACUUGACGUACAAGCCGUCCCGGGUGGAGUCCCUAACGAGGAGCACCUCCGGGAAAACCAGGAAGGAGGACCAGGUGCGCCUGAGGGCCCUGAACGGCCUCCUCUACAAAGCGCUGACCGACCUGCUGUGCACCCCUGAAGUGAGCCAGGAGGUGUGCGACCUGAACGUGCAGCUCUCCAAGGUCUCCCUGACUUCAGACUUCUCGGCCUGCCGCGUGUACUGGAGGGCCACCGUCUCCGCCGAGCAGAACGCGCACGCAGAGGCCGCCCUGCGGAGGAGCGCCGCACACAUGAGGCAUAUUUUGAUGUCCCAGCAGACCCUGAGGAAUGUGCCACCAAUAGUGUUCCUUCAGGACAAAAGAAGUGCAGUUCUAGCUGAGGUUGAUCGGUUACUGGCAAGUGCUGACUUUGGGCCCCCAGAGGAAAGAGAAGACUGUGUGCACAGUGAUGCCAGGGACUGUGGGGCCCUGGACGCCCCUUCGCCACGCAGCACCCCGGGCUCUACCGCCUGCUCCAGUCUGUGUGGGAUCGAUCACGAGGCGCUCAACAAACAGAUCAUGGAGUACAAGAGGAGGAAAGAGCGAGGGCACAGGGGCGAGCGCCCUGCGGAUCCACUGACACACACCGGAGAGGGAAAGGCGGCAGCCGCGCCCUGUGCGGAUGGCGGCCUCUCCCGCGGGAACCACCUGUUGGAGGCAGCGAGCGACCACCCGGACCCUGACCUGGAGGGCUCCUGGGGUGCAGGACGGGUGGAGGUGACCGAGGGGUGUGGGGCUCCGCUGCGCGGAACGGCGGUCCCACAGCCCAGCGGACUCGUAACUCAGCCUGAGAAGCAAGGGGCUGUGGGACCAGUCAGGCCUCCUGGUUCCGCUUCUCACGCCUGGCGGCUCCCAGCGAGGAAAGCAGAGCGUCGCCGUGUUUGCACGUGUUUCCGCUCACGCCCUAAGCGCUGUCCUCCUGGGUGACGUUGGAAAGGCCCCGAGUCUAGUUGCCCCGCGGGCAGGACAGCUGCCGUGUGGCUCAAGAUUGUUGGAAGGAAGUGAAAUAAACCCUCCUCCGGGUCCGACCCAGAGCAGCGUGCUUGUGGGUGUGGAGCCCCCACGUUUCCCAAGCAGCAUCAGCGUGAGAUCCUGAGAAGGGCGUCAGCGCGGUUUGGAUGGUGAGACGUGUGUUAGUGAGACGGUGCAGGGAGGCUCGGGACUUGGCUUUUGUAAACCGCAUCAGGAAGGGAGCACUGCUGUCACCUUGGCACCUUCUGUGUAGGUGCCUGGGGCCAGGGCCGGUGCCCAGCAGGCAGGCGGCCCCUCUGGGAGGGCCUGUCACAGGACAUGGGCAGACCACGGCGAGGUCUAGGCAUGUAGCUGUCUGGUGGCAUUUGUGUGACUCUGUCCUGGAAGGUACACGCAGCCACGCAUGUGGAGCAGUUUACCUGGGAGUGCAGGUGCUGAUGUGCAGACUGUCACCUUGUGAAAACACACGCGCUUUGCCCGAACCGGCGGUGGGAGGACACAACUUGCGCCUGCUGUCUUGAAAGGGGAGCUCGUCUGCCGUAUUUCCCAGAGGUGGGGACGUGCUGUGCAGGGCCACUCGGGAGCUUCAGGGUCACUCAGGAGACUGAGGGAGAGGGGAGGUGUGGCCUCUGCAGGAAUGAAUGGCCGAGGCUGGACCGCGGGAGUAAUUCCAGCAGCCUCUGGGCUAUCGCAGUGCUUUCUGCUUGUUGGGUCCUGGCCCUGGGGGGGAUGUGCAGCGGAGGGAGUCCUGGCUGGUGUGCGAGAGUGAGAUAAAGGAGGUGUUUGGGAGUGUGGGCUCCGGAUUGGUGGGUUUGCAUAUAAAAGGUGAGUUCACAGGGGAAUGGUCUGCUGUCUUUAGGAAUUAGCCUUGGGAGGGGCAGUCUGUCCGCAGCCAACAAAGUUCCCGAGAUGUUAAAACAUCACAGAUACGUAGCAUGAAAGCCAUGACUAAUACAGACCCUGCAGCACCAACCAGCCCGCUCUGCUGACCGCACAUCUGGCGCCCGCUGCAGAAGGCGCCCAGACGUCGGUGCUGAGCCUCGGGCACACGGCCUGGAUUCCUGGGUCAGGAGUGCAGUGUGCCGAGAAUGGGGACGUGCCUGUUGGCGUUCCGUGUCAGAGCGAUGGGGACUGGGAGAGGCCGGCGCAGGCUGGCCCUUUUCUCUCUUCCACUUGUGCGUCCAGACUCAGUUCUGUCAGAAGUCAACAAAUGGCAGGAAAAAGGUGUGUUUGCAGACCUGGGAAAUUCUGUGCUCGGUGCUCCUACAGGUACCCUUAAGUUCUCCCCGUGAGUAUGGUUUGAGACCAGAAACGGGGCAAGACUAGAGCAGAGACGGAGGUUUUACAGGGUUAGAGGUGAUGGUAACAGCGUCUGUUCGCUGCUGGCAUGUAGUUCCCUGCCCGUGUUUCCGGGAUCCAUCGUCUCUUUGGUACGAAAAGAAACCUCACUAACCACAGGACUUCUGAGGACAGAGGGUGCAUCCUCGCUCACCUUGGAUUUUGUUAAAAGGACUUGGAACUUCAGUUAAAGUGCGUUCAGGGAGCUUCUGGGUUGGUGCAGGUGGAGACUUGGCGUGUGCGCGUGGCCGCUCCCUGCCUUCCCUGCUGCUUCCGUGGAAGAGCCUUGGUUUUCAGUCGUUGAACGUUGUCUUCGUGUCCAGAAGGGUUUCCUCCCUCGAGGAAGGAACGUCCUGGCCGUCUAGGUCCUGUCAGUAAACUUCAGAGUAUCUCCACCUUUCUUACGGCAUCUUCUCUGUUCAAGAGUUUGUGGUACGUGCUUUUUUUUUUUUUUUU